AAGUAGUCAGCCCCAUCACUUCAGAGGUGGUUAGUUGGGUGUGCUGGGGUUUCGCUGCCAAGCUCUGAUAGUGAUCGGAUUCCUGGAGUUUUUUUGUUUGGCUGUGUCAAGACUGCAACAUGCAGAUGCUACAGAACAUUUUGAUAUGGAACGUGAUGGCUGCAAUAAUCCUCUUGGGUCAAGCAAGGCCAAAUGUGAAGCUUAAUUUGCAGUCAAGCAGUGGUCUAAUGUCAGACUGUGCGGCUAAUCUCAUGAGGAUUUCGCUGGACGAGGCUCUAGCAGUGGGGAACCAGCUCGAGGUGGAGGCCACCAAUGGCACGCAACACAUUGUGUUAACACCAAGCCUUGCUGCUCAGUGUGGAUAUAGCAUGGAGUCUGACCCAUGGGGUAACACCAGAAUCUACACGUCUCUAAUGGGCUGUUAUGUGGACAACAAAGACGAUACAACAUUUAAUGUUGGCUUGAAACUCCGAAUGUACGACCAGAGUCCAUCCAACAUGGUUACUCAUGAUGUGAAGCAGACUUGCAGCUACACUCGGUGGGCCUCCAGAGAGAUUCUCUGCGACAGGAACUACAUGGAAGUGUCAAAUCACAUGGCUAAACCUGAAGCACAAGCUGAAGCUAAGGGGCAGACUCAGGAUGUUAAGGACAACUCCCAGAUCAACACCAUUCCUGAUCCCUCUGGUGCAGCACACGGUAUCUGGAAGAUGACGUUUUUCACCCCUGAACCAGUGUCAAUGGUGCUAAAGGAGGCUGAACAAGCCGGCUAUGGCGCCAUGACAACUUCAACUCGUCUGGUUAUGCGAAGCCCGUACAACACAGCAGAGACUUACUCGGAGGAUGUGGCUGGAGUCCCUAUGGAGGUUUUCAGGGUGAGCACUUACUACAAAGCACCACAUGGUCUAAGUGUGGUGAACUUGGCAGCAGCUUGUCCCACAGGUGGCGUCCUCUUUACCGACGACGUCAUCUCUUGGCAUGUACCUCGCCGUGUGACUCCUGUGGUCGAUGGCAGCUUUAAAAUCCUAGAAAUGCACAUGGGCAUCAAUGGGCAGCGGCUGGAUAAGUCUCAGAUGGCUGCACGGGGGUACACACUGUCCACCACAGAUUUUCACAUCGUGAUUGAAAUCCCAGUGGGCUCGCCUGAUGGUUACUACAAGAGCCAUGCCCCAGAUUACCAGUACCACAUCAUCUACAUCGUGGAGCCCAUGUUGGAGGUGCUGUGGCGGGCAGAUGACACCCAAGAUGAUACCAGAUACAAGGUUUUGUUCCCUAUUACAACCCCUCUAAUGCCUCGACCGCCUCAUGUCCAAGACGACACUGUCCCAGAGGCCCGGGUGUUCAGCGUUCACUUGGGGACUUUCCUUCAUGAUGUGGAGCUGAUGAACAUCACCUUCUCCACCGGGGUUCUGACUGUUGAGGAGAGCAACGCCAGAGGUUUCACCGUCCAGGAGCACAGAUUCCCCAAUGGAUCAAAGAGCUUCUCACUACAAGUGCCCUUUGAUGCUGAUGUUGUCCUGACACACAAUCCUGAACGUUUGGUUACACACUACUUCCUCCCUCUUAUCUUUGGGUUUGUGAUCCUGCCUGAAGAAACUCCAUUCGCACACCCAGUGGAUGUGCAGGCAUCUCUGCAGGAUGUUGUGCUCCCCACCAUCACUGGCACCUGUGACCAGAACCAGUUUUACAUCAGCGUGAAAUUUGGGAGUCAUGGCCCAAAUUUUGAUGCCAUAGUUGGACCUCGACAGCUGACACCGGACAUGGCGGAGGAAUACCACUUCCAAGAGAACAGCACACACUUAAGCCUCAUAGUGCCGUACACUGCCAAGGACACAGUGUUCGAGCUUCUUACCACAGAUUCAGUCAGAGCCAGACUUGACGUGCAUCUGUUGGAUCGCAUCAACAGCUGGAUGCUUGCUGAUCUGUAUCUGGCCUGCAAUUUCCCCUUAACAGCAACGAAGUGCUACCCCAACGGAACAAUAACCGCUUUAGCCCUGAAGGUGGAAUCGGUGCCCAAUCUUGAGCCAAGUUGGCUGACUCUAAAGGACCAGUCCUGCAAACCGGUGUUCAGCGACGAUCGGUUUGCCUAUUUCUCCUUCAGUGCUGACUCCUGUGGGACCACUAGAACAUUCUUUGACCACUACAUGCUGUAUGAAAAUGAGAUUAGCCUGUAUUACAACAACAACAAAGGAGCAGCCUACACAUCACCAAUCGAUCCUGAGUACAGGCAAACUGUUUCCUGCUUCUAUGUGGUGAAUGAAACUAAGACUGUUGCAUUCAGCUCGAAACAAAGAAGCUUUGAACCCACAGCAGAGAUUGGCUCAGGGCAGCUAAUUGUCCAAAUGAGGCUAGCCCAAGAUUCAUCAUAUGAUCUCUUCUACCAAGCACAAGAUUAUCCAGUAGUGAAAUAUCUGAGGCAGCCUCUAUAUUUUGAGGUGCAGCUGAUGGAGUCCACUGACCCACAGUUGGAGCUCAUUGUGGAGAACUGCUGGGCCACCCUGCAUGAAGAUAGGAUGUCUCUGCCCAGCUGGGACAUCAUUGUGGACAGCUGUGAGAACAGUGAGGACAGCUACUUGACCAUUUUCCAUCCUGUUGUGAGCGAUGCCAGGGUUUCAGUCCCAUCCCACAUCAAACGUUUUUCUGUGAAGAUGUUCACCUUCACUCAAGAGGAAGAGGUUCUAAAAGACGAGAUUUAUGUCCACUGUGAUGCAGUGAUAUGUGACACAAACAGCCAAGCAGACGGUUCCUGCAGAGGCCAGUGUGUGCAGCCUGCAGGCUUUGGUAACUCCAGACAUCAAGGGAUAAAAGGAUUGAAAAGGGAGCGAAGAAGCUUGGACUCCACCCUCCAAAGGCAGAUCUCGUCUGGACCUAUUCUCAUAUUGAACACAAGGUCAAAACUCUGAAUAAACGGCAAAUGUUUCUUAAAA